GCGCUUAUUUCAAACUGCUGCGUUACUGUUCGGGAUCAAAAUAAUCUUUUUAUGAAAGUACCGUUGCAUCAUGAUAUAACAUAGUUUUGUAAGUUCUUUUUCGUUGACGGAUGACGAUAUGAACGGCGAUUUUGGCGCAUACAAUGACAGGAGAAAGAAAUUUUUCUUCGUAUGCUUCUGUAAAUCCACUUCUGAGACCCUUUUUGUAUGGAGUGGCAAGUAAGGUGAAAUGGCUGGCAACUUCAGGUGUCAUUGCGUAUGACAAAAUGUAGCACAUGGAUGUUUUAGGAUUACCAUCCGUCUGGUAUGCAAAUUAAUAGUCAUAUCUUGCUGAAGACAUGCAGCCAACCUCCGUUGGCCCUCUUCAGAUAACAAAGGGAACUACCAAACUGCUUGUCCAAUAUCAAGUUUUCGAUUAUGUUCACGUCCAUCACAAUUAGACAUCAGCUGCAUAAUGUCUGCAUUCAAGUCUUAUAUAGCUGACACGUUCUGUAGAACAACUUGUAUUUUAUUAAAUAUUAAAAAUGAACUUAGAUCUGAAACAUGACAUACUCGACUAGGACGUGUAGGGUGACACAUCCAAAUGUGUCUAUUUAGUUCAUUAUCGUUAAGACAAGCCUAUUUCGAAAAGGAUAAAACGGUAUUGUUCAGUGACCUGAAUAUAGGAUAUUGAGCCUGACUGUUUCCAGCUUUCAUCUUAACCACAUCCAUCUCAACGGAAUUAUAAAAACCCAGUGAAACUCUAUUUUAUUGACGACCUUUGAACGUAUUUUUAAGUGACUUGAGAACAUUAGUCAAUCAGAAGAGAGUUAGUUUAAUGUAAAAAUAUAUUGUAAAAAACUGAUGAAUUACAAUGGAUAUUCUUCUUUUACAUGAUUUAAGAACUUGUUGAGGUUUGAUAAAGGUUCAGAAGUUUUUAAAUCAUAGUGCUUGAGGUAAUAAGAACUCGUCCAUAUGGCUCUAAUAUAAUCGUCCUCUGGAGCCGUGGUAGGGUCUUAAAAAAUACUUCAGCCUAGACCGCAUGCCUUCAAUAUUGUUUGUAUGAACCCCCGUCGUUGGAUUAACAAAAUGACGUUUGUGCACCACAGCAUGAUGCACAAAAACCCUUCUUUCCCUUUCAUGCACCUCCACAACACAUCAAUGGAAUUAUUGUACUUAACUUUCAAGCUUUUAUGCGUUUAGUGGCGAGGUGUUUUCGCCCGUCAAAUUACUGACAUGGUGACCAGACAAACUAUGUAACUAAACUAAGACACAAUUCGCAGUCUGUAUAUCAACUACAACAAAUGAGUGUCUGUAUUUUUAACUCCCUACAGUAGUGGAUGGUCUUGCGUGUAAUGUCAACCAAUUAUCGUCUGAAUGGGGGAAUGUGAAGGCUGUAGUAAUGCCACUUGUUGAAUUCGUGACUUGAUCUUAGUUAGACUACCAUUGAAGAUGGAAGCAUUAGACGACCGUUUCUUUCUAGCAUGGGACUUCUCGAGGGUACGCAACUACGAUGGAUGGUUGGACAAGACCAUGGAUCGAGGCUAGACACUAACACCAUCAGAUGCCGGCUCAGUGGUCUUAAAUUUAAGCCUCGUGCGCGACAUCGAAGGUUAGAGAUUCCACAUACAGGAUCGUGGAUGAGCACUGCUGAGCAGUCCCAUACUAGAACAGAACGACCGUCUAGUGCUUCCAGGUUUUCAAUUGUGAUCUAACUUAAAUCAACUCGUGAAUUCAACUAUUAAAGUUAUCAUCUGGCUGGGCACCGUUCUGCAGGUGCAUAUCCACAACGUUGGUAGGAUAGAGAUAACGUUCUUUACCCACAGUUUGUUUAAUAUUUACAAUGAGAAUGAUGUCAUAACAUCACUUGCUAUGCUUAAUUCAAAUUAUACACAUCAAUAUCACUUUUGCGUUUUUCUUGUGUACAGUAAAUUGUUUUAUCCUAAAUGGACGCGGAACAUAGUGAUGAUUGGGGUAUCGGUGGUGAAUUGGAAUUGGCUCAAGACUUCGAAGUUAUCGAUCUAAAUGAAUUUGAUUCUAGUUGUGGUUACACUUCGGAAGCAGAUGACUCAACAUAUAUCUCUUCGUUUCUUAAUGGUCUCGUAACUGAUGAAACUCUUUAUUCGCGAUAUUUAAAUGGGAUUAUCAGUUUUGAUGAUUUGAUGCGUGAAAUGCACCACUCUACUACUCUGGACAAUAAUUCUUGCCAUAGUAGUGAUUCAGACUGUUCUAGCAAAAAUGACGAUUCUGAAUAUUCUACACGACCUAGGAGAUCUAAAAGACGACAAAACCCUGAUACAGUUGGAAAGAAAAAACUGAAAUUAAGAGGACCACUUAUUUCUAAACGUGCUCGCUUACCAAUUGAGUUAGCACAAUAUCUUGGAGAAGCUGAAAGACAUUUGAACAAUGAUGAAUUUGAACACGCUGAACGUAUUUGCUAUCAGAUCAUUGACACAGCUCCCCAAGCUUCCCAACCAUAUAUUGUUUUGGCCGAAAUUAGUUUUCGUCGUGGGAACCAAGAAAAAGCCAAGGAAUUUUUAUAUCAAGCUGCUCAGAGAAACCCAUCCGAUAAAAAUACUUGGCUUACUCUAGUGGACUGGGCUGAAGAAGCUGAGGAUUUUCCUCUUGCUAUACACUAUGCACGACAGGCCCUUCGAAGAAAUCGAGCUGAUACAUCAUUACGCCAACGUCUUAUAGAUUUAUGUCAUGUAGCUGGUCGAAGCAGAGAGGCAUUACAGUUACGUUUGGCCGCUCUUUCAGUUACUCCGGAGUCUACGGGUGAGAAACAAUUUGAAGUUGCUCGAGAGCUAGCCGAUCAAUUUUUCAAACUACUUGAUCCACACAACUCGGUAAAGGCGUAUGAAAAUGCUUUUGAACAAUACCCAGAUCAUGGAACCGAUAAUGAUCGAAAUUCGGCCUUAUCGAUUUUGUUUCAAAUGAAACGUUAUGAUCAAGCUCUGAAGUUUUUCACUUCCUUCUGUGGUGUCAAAUUGUAUUUGAAUUCUGGGGAUUUAUUUGAUAUGGACAGACAUUCAUCAAAGUUGUCGUCUGUGGAGAAAUUUAAAAGAUGUGAAUUCCCUGAUAAUAUGGCUGUUGAAUUACAGUUGAAAUUGUUUCUUAUUUUUGCACAUCUGGGACUUGGCCCAUUAGUUGUGUCCCGUGUUGAAUCAACGUACACAAGUGAAAAUAUUGCAAAAUAUUCUAAUUGGCUUUUGGAUAUCGUCGUCGCUUUCAAAGAGAAAAAUUUAUACUCCAUAGCGAUUCAGCUAAUUCUGAAACUAAAAAAAUCAAAUGUUACCUGUAAGUUGGUACAAGUUUGGACAUUACUGGCUGAAUGUUAUUUGGAAGCAGGUGAAACAGAAAGUGCCAUCAAAGCCUAUCGCCAUGUCAUAGAAAAUCUUGAUCCUCGGCAUACUGGCGCACGUCUGGGUCUUGUAAAUCUUCUUAGACGCCUUGGUAGGAAUCAGGAGGCUUUGAAAUUCUUAAAUCCCUCAAAUUUAGUUCAGAAAGGUGUUAAACCCGAAAUAUCUUUGACCGAACAGUGUGAUUUAAUUGUACAGAAAAGAGAAAAAUCUCCAUUGAAAUCCAGUCACAGAUCAACUGUUAGAUCAUUUGCUUCUUCUGAAUUACAAAAAACUUCAGUUGUCGGUGACGUCGAUAGUGAUGAAUGUUCUGUUGAGAAAGUUUGUCUAGAUAGUGACUGGCUCGAUGCAUCUGCUAACCUUGUCUCCCGUGAUCAUGUGGCAUACAGAUUGGCCUACGAACGUUGUCGAAUGCUUGAUACACCAGAAAGUGUAGAUUCAUUUUUAGAAGAAGCUUGGGCUUUGCUGUUUAGUGAUGUGACACGUGUUUGCGGACCUAGAUUUACUCAACUUGCCUUAACUCUUGAUAGUGAACAGCAUCGAAAAUUAGUGAUUGACCGACUAGCUUCUGUUGCUCCAGCACUAACUGAUACAUUAUCUAACCAGAUAGACGCUGAACGUUCAACUACAGAAACAAAUGGUGUUAGCAGCUCAGAUAUUUGGGGAUUAUUUUUGCGUGUUGUGGAUGUGUUACGUGCUCGUUUGCCAAAAUCAUUGCCCCAGUUGGAGACAGCUACUGCAUGGGCUUCUUUAUUACCUCAUGUUCAAGGCAAUGAUCUACGUCGGUUAGCUGCAAGUCAUCUUUUAAUUAGUUCUUCACUUAUUGCACGUCAUGGCACACCAGCAUUUUUGGAAUUACGAAAAAUUCAAAAGCAGUGGAGUGAAUAUAACCAGUAUUGGAAUGUGAUGAAUCUGGCAAUCACUCUUUCACGUGAUUUUAAACACUGUAGAUUUUUGGAUCGUUUAGUUACUAAAGAUAGUUUGAAUUUGGCUAUCGGUACUAUUGCUAGUAGUGACACUUUGGUUCGAGGUUCAUAUCGUUAUGCUAUUGCCCGACUAAUCAAUAUGAGAGAAAAAUUUCCGGACGAUGCACUUCUUACUUUAUUACUCGCUGUUGGCUUUUUAAGUAUGUCCAUGCAAAAACACAUUGGUUCACGUCAUCUUGCUAUUUUACAGGCUGUUGGUUUUCUUGGGGAAUAUAAACGUUUACGUGGUGAUUGCCAGGAGGUUUACUACAAUAUAGCACGUGCAUGUCAUCAACUUUUAAUCACUCAUAUGGCUAUUCACUAUUAUGAAAAAGUCCUUGAUAUGGAGCCUAUUGGAAACAAUCCUGAAGAGAAGUCUCUUACUAAUCUGCAUAAAGAAGCUGCUUUCAAUUUAGCUCUUUUAUAUCGAACUAAUGGGAAUCCAUCAAUGGCUCGUCAUAUACUCCAAAAAUAUGUUGUCAUUUAAUAAUGAUGUGUUUAUAUUUUUUUAUGAUUUAUUUACUUUUUGCACACAAUUGUAUAUAUAAAAGUCUAACUCAAGAUUUCAAUUUCCCUUAAGAUCUGUUUUAAAUCAAUUAUUAUUUCUUACUGGUAUAACCAAUUAGCUAUGUCAGCAUUAUAGACCAGCUUAAAACCAGGUUGUGCAGUUGUAAAAAGUGAUCUCUACCGACCUAGUUUGAGAUACUUGUGACUGUUUGAACUAAAAGUGUAUGUAUUCAGAC